CUCAACCAUUCCCAUUGAAACGUCCAAUUUCUCUCUCUUUCUCUCUCUCUCUCUCUCUCAUCUUAUCGCAUUGCAGCUUCGCCGAAGCCCCCUGUCAGAUUCGAACAAGGCACCGUGCGUGUCUCUGGCCCCGAAUCCCUGAUCUGUUUCUGGUUUUUGAUAAUUGGUGUGUUGGUUGGCUCAACCAUUCGUUAUCACACUCCCAGUGGGCCUAGAAUGGAGAUAAGUUGCAACUUGGAGUUGGUUUUGAAGAAGAUAAAUGGGAAACGACAUCUUUAAUGCAAUAUCGAUUCCAAAAGAAAAAGAAAAGAAACCACUCACAUAAUCAAAGGGUUAUUGGUGGUCAAAACAAGGUCUAGCAACAAAGAAUCAAUGGCCUUUGAGCAUUACUUUGCUCAGGAAUGGAAAUCUAUCCAAGGUGUAGCAACAGGCUCGGAAAGUUCCAAUGGUUGCUUUGACUGCAACAUCUGCUUAGAAUUUGCACACGAACCAGUGGUCACCCUCUGCGGCCACCUCUACUGCUGGCCUUGCAUCUACAAAUGGCUCCACGUCCAGAGUGCAGGCCUUGCCCCUGAUGAGCAUCCACAGUGUCCAGUUUGCAAGGCUGAAAUAUCUCACACCACCAUGGUCCCCCUCUAUGGCCGGGGCCAAACCCUUACCGAGGCUGAAGAUGAAGUCAAGGCACCACAUAGGGGUAUAAUUAUACCUCCUAGGCCUGCGGCAUGCAGCGUUCGAUCUCUGAUAUCUACCAUGUCUAAUACUGUUCAGCAGCUUCCGUACCGUAAUCCUUAUCAGAACCAACAGUACGACCAUGAACCUCAUCCAUAUGGAAGCCAUGGAGAGGAUUCUACAUCUCCAUGGCUUAAUCUUGGAGGUACUUCAGCAGGUUUCCAGCAUCCGGCCGUUGGCAUGUUCGGGGAAAUGGUUUAUGCAAGGGUGUUUGGGAAUCCAGCGAGCUUAUAUGCAUAUCCAAACUCAUAUCACGUAAUGGGGACUGGUAAUAGCCCGAGGUUGAGAAGGCAGGAGAUGCAAGCAGACAAGUCACUGAGCAGAAUUUCAUUUUUUCUUUUCUGUUGCUUUCUUCUUUGCCUUAUAGUCUUCUGAAUGUAGUUAACUACAGCUUUAAGUGGUAAAGAGUUUCGAUCCUGGGAGGUUCGAACUCUUGGAUGCAAAAGUCGAUGAUUUGCAAGAUCCAUGGGCACUGAGAUUUAACCUGAAGACUGCACAAAAGCUUUUGCAGUCUUCAGAGAGUCUUUCGCCAUAAAAAAGCAUGAAAAAAGGGUGGUUAUGAGAUUUGUAACCACCCUUCCUCCUCUCCCCUGCUGUUUUGUGUACAUUGUAAAGAGUACGGACUUGGAGCUUUUGAGCAUGGAUACAAAUACUAUUAUAUAUCACAGUGAUAUUGUGAUGA